CCCGGACUGGCCAGACACAGAGACACUGACUUCUUCUUUAGCUUUCAAAGUCGCGCAGUACGCACUCUGCUGUGAUCAUACUUUCGAACAACUUUAAUUUCUAGAACUCCAUUCUCAACGCUCCUUUUUAUGAUCAUCAUCGCAUCUCCAUUUCACCUUACUCUGGUUGCUGCUAGCUUCCCGAUCAGAUGACAGGCGCGGACUCCCAGUCAACGGCUUGGGAAGAUCUUCUGCGGAGGAUGCUGCCUUCCGGCGCACCUUUGCCGGACGAGGAUCAUCUUGACUACUCCAUCUCUGUCGAGUACCAUGCCCCUUCGGAUUUCUGCUUCAAGGACGUUCCCACCCUCAAACCUCCACCAUCUCUCCAAUCCGCCAAACCUCCCAAAUUCCGGGAUAUUCAAUCGGUUCUCUCCAGCUUUCCCUUGCGCAAGAAGAAAAGCAGCAGCGGAAGCUCGUCUCCUGCUUCCAAGAUUCAAUUCAGCUUCAGCUCGCGCUCUGAGACUCAACAAGACAUUUCCGUGUCCGACUUUGAAACCGAUAGUGUGAAUCCUGUGAGUUUUGAGGCUGGAACGGACGAUGAUCGCACCGAUGAUGAUGGUGAUGGGAGUAAGGGAAUUUCUCCGCUACCAUCUGAAGCGGAUGACAAAGGCUGUCGAGUGGAGAAAAUUGGAGGGCUAAAGGGUGACCUGUGGUUUAGGGUUAAGGCUACCGUUUGUAGUAGGUGUGGGAAGAAGAUUAGGGAGAGAGAGGUGUGCAUUGUGUGCGAUGCAGGAUACUGUAAGAACUGUGUACUCAAGGCUAUGGGGUCGAUGCCCGAGGGGAGGAAAUGCCUUGGCUGCAUUGGCCUGCCAAUUAACGAGGCUAAUAGAGAGAGGUUGGGAAUGGUGACCCGUUCAUUAACAAAAGUGUGUAGUCCAUUGGAAGUCAAACAGAUAAUGAUUGCGGAGAGAGAAUGUUCUGCUAAUCAAAUUCGGCCUGAGCAGGUCUGGGUAAACGGAAGGCAGUUGAGGCAGGAGGAAUUGGCUCAAUUGCUUGGAUGUGUAAUGCCUCCGGAGAAAUUGAAAGCUGGGAAGUAUUGGUAUGACAAGGAUUCUGGACUUUGGGGCAAGGAAGGCAAGAAGCCAGAUAGGUUUAUAAGCUCUAAACUGAAUGUAGGAGGGAAGCUUCAGCUAGAUGCAAGUAAUGGAAACACAAAUGUUUACAUGAAUGGCCGUGAAAUUACAAAAGUUGAACUUAAAGUACUGAAGGUAGCCAAAGUAGAUUGCCCCAGAGAUACUCAUUUUUGGGUAUAUGAUGAUGGUUCGUAUGAGGAAGAAGGUCAAAACAACAUUAAAGGAAACAUAUGGGAGAAGGCAGGCAUUAACUCGUUUCGUAUGUUCGUUGUGGUCAAUACCCAUUCCCCUUUCAAAUACUCGAGGGCCAAAAGAGGACACAACUACUUUAUCUAGGAGGUCUGUGCCUGUGUCUAUGGAACAUAUCAGGUGUCAAAAACUUUUGCUUUUUGGGCUGGAGGGGUCUGGGACAAGCACUCUCUUUAAGCAAAUGAAGUUUAUUUAUGGAAAUGAGCCCACUGAGGAUGAGGUGCAAAACAUAAAGCUCCUGAUUCAAAGCAGCAUGUAUAGAUACCUUGGCAUCUUACUCGAGGGUCGAGAGCGCUUUGAAGAGGAAGCCUUAAAGGAGAAGAGCACAUCCUCUUUGCAAAUUGUAAAUCUUUCACGAGGUGAAAUAAGAACUGAUGAAAGUAAGCUAUGCAUCUUUUCCCUCAAUCAAAGGCUGAAGCAGUUUUCUGACUGGCUGCUACAUAUCAUAGCUUCUGGAGAUUUGAGUACCUAUUUCCCUGCUGCAGCGCGCGAAUAUUCUCCACUGGUAGACGAGAUAUGGAAAGAUCCAGCUAUUCAGGAAACUUAUAAGAGGAGAAGCGAAUUGCAUCCUCUUCCUGAUACUGCAAAGUAUUUUUUGGACCAGGUCAUUAAGAUUUCGAGUAAUGAUUAUGAGCCUUCAGAAGAGGAUAUUCUAUAUGCCGAAGGGGUGACCCCUAACAAUGGACUUGCCUUCAUCGAGUUCUCUUUCGAUGAUCAUAGUGCUAAAUCAAAUGUAUAUGAUGAGGACACUGCAUGCCAACCGCCGCUAAACAGGUACCAGCUGAUUCGUGUUAGCUCCAAGGGACCGCAUGAUUCUGGCAAAUGGAUGGAUAUGUUUGAAGACGUGACAGCGGUAGUCUUCUCUGUAGCAUUAAGUGACUAUGAUGACAUCUGGUCCCUUGGUCAUGGCCCACCACAAAACAAAAUGUUGGUAAACAGAGAUUUGUUUGAGAGUUUGAUUCGACACAGAUGCUUUAAGAACGUCACUUUCGUGUUUAUCCUAAACAAGUAUGAUGUCUUUGAGGAUAAAAUUAGAAAAGUCCCUCUAACGGUCUGCGAGUGGUUUAAAGAGUUCAGACCUUUGAAAACCCGCCACUACAAUCAGUCCCUAGCAAAUUACGCAUAUCAUUAUGUAGCUCAUAAAUUCAAGGAAUUGUAUUCUUCCAUCACCGGAAGAAAGCUAUUUGUGUGGCCAAGUAUAGCUCGGGAACGUUCAUCAGCGGAUGAAGCAUUCAGGUAUGUUGGUGAAGUGGUUAAGUGGGAGGUGGAGAAGGAUAGAAUAUGUAGUAUGGGUGAUGAGAACAGUGACAAUUCGUUCUAUAGUACAGAAUAAAUGGUUCUGCUUAUUUGCAGAUAUGAAGAGAGAUAUCAGUGUCUCUCUGCUCUUGGGGUGCUUUUUAAACCUCCAAGGGAAUGUUUCAUUGCUUGUGAUUGCAAUGCUCCAAACCUAAAAUCUAAAUGGAAAACGCAAAGAGAGACAACAUAUAUAUUACGUACAUAGUCAAGUAGAUCACACCUUUGAUUAGUCUAUGCACAUCAACAGAUUUUCUUGUUUUGUACUUCUUCGAUUGGACAUUAUAUUCUUAGGCAGAGUUAAUGCUCUGGUUGAGAAUUCAGGUGAAUCUAAGUAAUGAAUUUAAUCAA